CCAGGCAGUGCAAAAAUAAUGUGAGUGAUGACAGUCUCCAGGGAGACCAUAUAUUCCAGGUGGCAGUCUGCCCAGUCUUGCUGGUGCAGGGCCUUUGAUAGCUCUCCCAUUGAACUGUCAUGUCAAACAGGCAAUAAUUUACUAUGGCAAGGGAGGGAGUUUAUUAAGGCUCAGGAGCAGGGGCAAGAAGGCCUGAGGUUGGCCCUCGCAACAAACCCAAGCAAACUUGAAUGAGAGGAUCAUGGGCAUUAAAGAGCUUCCACCACUUAUCUCAUGCCCAUAGAUCCGGCAGGGCUCAGCUUCCCCAAGCCACUGGGCUUUGCUUGAGGCUGCGUUGCUUUCAGGGUUUGGCUCCUCAGACAUGGCAGAUUGGUCUUCAGCCCCGUUCCAGCAGACUCCCAACCAGGGGACAGCCUCAGAAGAUAACAAUUCCACUCAUCCAAAGGCAGGCUUAUUAUCUCUUCGUCGGAACUCACAGUCGACCAUUGUGGUCCCUAGGACACUCUUGCAGCUUCCAAGCAUUGAAGGGAAAGCCCCACUCCCACUCUCCCGGAGAAGCUCCAUCAUGAGCAGCAUCAAUGCUCCCUUUUCCAGCAGGAGGAACUCCCUGGCUGCUGGGGGAAGGCGCCUUUCCAUUGGGACCUGGAUGCACUAUGGCAGGGUGAGCUUCUCCGGGUUGCCCCUCUUUGAACCCAUUCGGGAGACACUCUAUGAAAACACCUACAAGACCCAGCCAGAUGAGGGCUGCAAGUUCAAUUCCUCCCAAACACAGCAACUCCUUGAGUCUGUUCUGGCCAGCUACCUUCGGGAUGCCAAGUACAAUCCAACAAACAGUGGGCAGUUGGCCCAGAACCUGUCAGACCUCAUCCGGAGCAGAGUCAAAGACCUAAGCCCACCUCGAUACAAGCUAGUGUGUAAUGUUUUUCUGGGCCAGCAGGCUAAGCAAGACCUGCACAUCGCCAGCCGGUCCCUCUGGGAUGUGGAAAAUGACAACUUUGCCUCUGCCGCAUUCACCAAUACGUCAAUGUUUGCUGUGGCCACAGUGCAUGGGCUAUAUUUUGAAUGAAUUAUGUGUACAGAUCUGAAGGUGCCGAUACCCUUACUGUUCUCUAAACAGAAAUAACUUCAGUGUGACCAAUUGUUUCCCGUUGUCUAAUAUAGCCUACCACUAAAUGAUGCAAGAGUUGCAAUCCCCCUAAACUAUUUGCCAGAUAAAAUAUUUUAUAUUAACAGAAUUGUUGACUAGUACAUAGAUCAUAUGGCAGCUUUACAUAAUCCAUGAGAUUUCUUCAUCUUCUGAUGUUUUUAAUUUAUUAAUUUAUUUGAACGCAAAUAGUACGUGUUAUAUUUAGGUUGUCAUUCACAAAUGUUCUAGUGUCUUACCAAAUAAUUCUCCAAGAUUAUGGUUUGGAUCCAAGAAAUGUGUUAAAGAUUAAUGACUACCAAUAUGCUUUGCAUCUCAUUUGAGACAAAAGCAGGAAAUUAAUAAUAAUAGUAAUUUCAUAUCAUGUUAAAAUAAGUAGAUUGUAGGAGUUUUCACACUUCUGUUUGUGCAAAAGAUUAUACAACUACUUAUGCAAACAACCGCUAUGAAUAUUUGCCCCAAAUGAAAAGACACUUCCUAUGCACAGAGGUUAUUAGAUCUAUGUUAGUCACUAUUAUCAAAAUGUUACCUGUUGUAUAGUUAUAUGGCAGCAGCUGCUGUAUACAAACCAAGCACAGAAAAAUGUUUUUUUAAAAGCUUGUGCAUACUACCUGAAAUGGUGCAGUGCUAGCUCUCCAUCUUGAAUUGUUUGUAGUUAUUCUAGAUCCCAGCACAAUGUAUUUGACAUUAAUUCCAUGAUAUGAGAGAUCACCAGGAACAUGGUUUCCAUAGACAGAAUUCAGAAGAUUAUAUUUUCCGCAAGUACUUUAAUAAUUUGCCUCAGUUCAUUUACUGAAUGCAUGAGAAAAAUCAAUAUGGCAUAGUUGAGAUGAAUAAUUGACAAUCUCAAUGGGGCUUGAUUUCCCCCCACUUAGUACAUGUGAGGUGGUGGUGGAAAAAAGCAACUAACUUCAUUGUCCAAACAGGCUGGAGCCAUUUUUAACAACUUUUCUCAAAAACCAUGUUCCAGCCAAUUUGUGGUCUGAAAUGUUCCUUUUUUUUACUCUAGUGAAGAGCAGACAACCCCAACCCAGGCACACUUAUGUGGCAGCAAAACCUGGUGAAUUUAGUGGGCUUGAUCAGAACUAAAUGUAUUCAGAAAUAGAUCUAAUAGAUACAGUUGUUUCUUCAGCUUGAGUAAGACUUGAAAUCAUCACUUCAAAGGUAGAAAUAUACCACUGUUCACUUUCACUGGAAAAUUUAUUAAACCAAAUGCUACUUAAUCCUGGAGUGGGACUAUGGGAAAACCCCUCAGUCAGAUUUAUAAGCAGCUCAAAGCUCCCAGAACCAUUCCUAUGCAUUGCUUACAAAAGCUGCCCCAUGCCUAUAUGGACCCAGAUAGUAACUCACCAAGCACAGGAAAGGUUGCCAGAGCACAGAGGAAGAUUUUGUCAGUUUGUGAUAGCCACAACUAAACCAGAGUCUUUCAAUAAAUCAACAACAGUUCGAUACCAAA